ACAAGUCUGUGUUGAGAUUGUUUUGGAAUAUUUUCAGAAACUUGAUCAAAUUUCUCCAACUAGAUGCAUGUUCAGGUAUGGAAAAAUCUAUCCGACGAUAUCGGAGUUGUCCAGACCUUUCUACCAUCAGCGUAGAGAAGGAUUGUCCGGACCUGUCUACUAUCAGCAAAAAGCAAAAGACCAUAUCACCUCCCGAAGAAAGGACGUCUACCAUAUACAAACGUCGUAACUCACCCACUCCCACUACAACGGUAACAUCAACACUACUCCCUGAAAAGUCUCCGACCAGUAAACCCGAGGGAAGACCAACCCAGGAUGUACACAGAGCAGAACGUCGAGAAGCAGCAUACGAAAUUUUGCUAUGUACCGGUAGAACGUUCAGCUCUAGUUGGCCUAGCUUUGUACAUCAUUGUAAGCAAGUCAAAGAAAUAUGGUUGCAGUACCACGACGUUCUUUCUGCAUUAGGCCUUCGAUUGAAUGAAGAUAUCCUAAAAAAAGAGAGUGUUUUUCUUUCGAAUUUCAACAGCGUGCCGGUCUACUUUGCAUUUGUUGGAUUCAAACCAAAGGAAAAAUCGUAUAUUGCGAAAAAGGUUUCGAAUAUGAUAUAUAGAGGUGCAAAGGUCGCAACUGUUUUCGACCAUGCUGAUCUGAAAACCAAAGCUUUUGAGAAGAUUUGCUCGCAGAAUCACAUUGCACCGCUUGUUAUCAUAUGCCAUGUUGAUGCAGAAAAGCAAGCAUUUCUCCAUGGGGAAACAUACAGAAAAUCUAUCAAACCCGAGCGAGAAUGUAUUUUUGUUGUGGUAUGCGAAAUGACGCAUUGCGAUCAUAAAAUAACCGAUUGUAACAGAUUAACAGCUUACACAUGUGAUAAGGAAGCGAUGGUUAUAGAAAAGGCUAUUGAGAAGCUGCUUAAACGGUGGGCAUACAUGAUGCUAGCUGAAAGAGUAAAUACAAUAAAAUUAAUUACUGAAUUUACGACAGAUUUAUCUUCUUCUGAAUUUAUUCAACAACUAUCUAACCACGGAAUCGAAAAGGAAGAAGGGGCUUGGAAACACAGCGAUGAAAGAAUAUAUUUAGUACGGAAACUCAAAGAACUAUUAGAAGAAAGUAGAUCGUUAUAUUCGAGAAACCAUUUACCCACGGAGGACUGGCCAACAUUUAGCCCGGAAUCGAAGAUACCAGUUAAAAUGAUUUUUGAUCAGAUUGCUAAACAUCAUUAUGUCGUUGGAUGUGGCAACAGAUUUGGGACACUUUUGAUUUUGGUUGACGAAAAGGUAGAAAACAGAAACAAAAUUGAAGAGACACUUCAAUCAGAAAUGAAGGAUUUUAAAAUGGAACCCAGUGAUUUUGCAUUGAAAUAUGUGUCAAAAAGACUUCGAUAUUUCAUCAAAUCAGGCGAUACCAUUGAUUGUAAUGAUGAAAAAUCCUUCGGAACUCUUGCCGGUUUUGCACUGCAGGACACAAAUGACAAUCCAGCCAAACAACGAUUAGUUGCCCUGUUUUCUCGUCAUGUCGCUGAUAUGUGUACAGAAUCAAAGCUGAAAGUCGAGGGCGUUAUUAUUGGUGACAUAUUACACACUACAGAUGAAGGUGUUGACAUAGCUGCUGCUGAGGUUUAUGCUGAGCAUGUGGAUGCUUGUAACAGUAAGUUUGUUACUGAAAAAAACAUUGAAAAGACAUGUGGAGCACUCGAUCCGUACAAAGUAGAACUGGCUGGAAUGCUAGUUCAUCUUGUUGGCGCUGCGUCUGAAGAAAUUGGACUUGGAAAGAUAGCUGUUGUAAACUUCUAUUCAAAGCAGGCACACGCUAUGAACACAAUUUUGCUUGAAAAUAGAGUAUCCAACACACAUGUAUUUUGUGAACCCGGUGACAGCGGCGCUAUGAUUCUAUCUUAUUUCCCAGAUGAUGAUAAACUCAUGGCUCUUGGAAUGUUGAUUGGCUCUGUCGAAAAGAAAAAUGAAGAAUAUACAGAUAAAUUUGCGAAACCAUUUACAUCAAGCAAGAAAAAAGUUAGGGCAAAAAACGUACAGAAUGAUGCAUGUCAAUGGUAUGCAGCGUUUUGCCUAAAGGAGGGUUUGGAACAGUUGAGCAAAAUUCACGACGGACGGUUUUUCUUAGUUGGCGAAAAAAACAACAACCUUCUGCCGAGCCAAAACAAGAAUGUGCCAAUGGUUGUGUCUGGUGAAAAUUAAUUGAUAAAACAU